AUGAAUUCUAAUAUUUACAUUUACUAUUUGUCUCUGCUGUUCCUGCUUCAUUUAGUAGGAGCCAAACCAGUUUCUGAUCUGCAGAGCUUGAAACAGCUUUUGGAAGAGGAGAGCAAUGCAGCACCAUAUUACUCUUCUGAGGAGACGGAGGUCGAGGGGAGAGAUGUGAAUGCAGCCAAGGCGGUGUUUGGCGCCAUGGAGGACCCUUGGGAGUCUGACCUGACUAAUUCAGCUCUCGUGGCGAAAGAAAAUGCCCUCACGCGUCUCCUCAAAGACAUCAUGAGGACCUCGAAACGCUCCUGGAGCCGGCACAAAAAGGGCGGACUGAGGAGCUGCUUUGGUGUCCGGUUAGAGAGGAUCGGCUCUUUUAGCGGACUGGGAUGCUGAACCACAAGAUGUGGAUGGGCUUUCCCUGCCAAUCAGUAUGACUACAACAACACUGGAGCUCCACCUCUGCAACUUAAAAAGUAUCAACUCAGAGUUUACAAGGGUGUUAUUGAUGGGCAUUAUCUAAGUUUUACCUUUUCAUUUGGG